AUGUCUGAUUACGAAGAAGCUUUUAAUGAAGGUAAUGAACACUUCGAAGAUUUUGAUGCAGAGCAUUAUUCUGAUGAAGAAAACUUUAAUGUAGAGGCUAACAAUGCAAAUAACAAUAUAGAAGGAGCUGAAGCCAAGACUGAAGAUGGUAAAACAAUUAUCACCGGUGGUAAUGGGCCAGAUGAUUUUCAGCAGAUUGAAGAAGCUAGAAGGAAGACUCUAAAAGAACAAGCUAUUCCAAAAGAAGACAGAACCACUACUCCAUAUAUGACUAAAUAUGAAAGAGCAAGAAUUUUGGGUACAAGAGCUCUUCAGAUAUCUAUGAAUGCUCCAGUCUUUGUUGAUUUGGAAGGUGAAACCGAUCCUUUGAAAAUUGCUAUGAAGGAAUUAGCUGAAAAGAAGAUUCCAUUAGUUAUCAGAAGAUACUUACCAGAUGGUUCUUUUGAAGAUUGGAGUGUUGAAGAAUUAAUUGUUGAUUUAUAG